UGAAGAUCACUCCGCACGCGAUGAAGGCUUGCAGACGCCGCGCGCCAUUUUGGGCGGCAGAGACCGGCGGAGCGGCGGGAGGGUCUCCCGCAGUCCUGGGACCCGCCCCUGGUCUCUGCUCUGCUGUUGGGUGUUCCAUCGAUGUCACCUAUUUGGGCCGGAAGAGAGACUUCUCCCCUCAGUCCUCUGGUGUAGCUGCGCCGGUGGAGCUCCUGCAGGGCCUGCUGCGCACUGUCCGAACUGUCCCUGAACACUGAGCCGGACGCGGCGAGUCUGGCCGGCUGAAAGUGUUAAUCAUGUUGGGCUCUGGGUUCAAGGCAGAGCGCUUGCGAGUCAACCUGCGCCUCGUCAUCAAUCGCCUCAAACUACUGGAGAAAAAAAAAACUGAGUUGGCCCAGAAGGCAAGGAAGGAGAUUGCAGAUUACCUGGCAGCUGGAAAAGAUGAGCGUGCCAGGAUUCGUGUGGAGCACAUCAUCCGUGAAGAUUACCUUGUGGAGGCCAUGGAGAUCCUGGAGCUGUACUGUGAUCUGCUGCUCGCCCGCUUUGGCUUGAUCCAGUCCAUGAAGGAGCUGGACUCUGGCUUGGCAGAGGCAGUAUCAACACUGAUUUGGGCUGCACCUCGCCUCCAGUCGGAGGUGGCCGAGUUGAAGAUUGUUGCUGAUCAAUUGUGUGCUAAGUACAGCAAGGAGUAUGGGAAGCUGUGCCGGACAAACCAGAUUGGGACAGUCAAUGACAGGCUGAUGCACAAGCUGAGCGUGGAAGCACCACCCAAGAUCCUGGUGGAGAGAUACCUCAUCGAGAUUGCAAAAAACUACAACGUGCCCUAUGAGCCUGACUCAGUGGUGAUGGCUGAAGCUCCAGCAGGUGGAGAGGCAGAUCUGAUUGAUGUGGGGUUCACAGAUGAUGUGAAGAAGGGUGGCCCCGGAGGGGGCGGAGGUGGUGGAUUCACAGCCCCAAUGAUAGGUCACGAUGGGUUAGUACCUAUGCCUGUGAUGAUGCCUAUGCCCAUGCCAACAACAAAUCCACCCUUCUCCUAUCCACCUCCAAAGGGACCGGAGAACUUCAGUGGCCUGCCAGUGGGGACCUACCAGCCAUUCACUAACAUCCACCCACCACCAAUUCCGGCAAACCCACCCACAUAUGAGUCCAUUGAUGAGCCUAACACUGACAAGGAUCCUGCUGCAUUAGUGCCUGGGCCUGAGCCCAAGCCAGAAGCUUCUCCUAAACCACGAGCUGGAGCUCCUAAUACCGUUGAUAACUUUGUGCUGCCUGAAUUGCCGUCUGUGCCAGACACGCUGCCAACAGCAUCUGCUGGCGCCAACUCUUCUGCCUCAGAAGACAUUGACUUCGAUGAUCUUUCACGGAGAUUUGAGGAGCUGAAGAAGAAAACGUAAAAUUUCCUGGGCUGCAGGGGAAUGAGCUGUGACAUUUCUCUGAAACAGACUGCCUUUGAAAUUGGUUUCCUCUAUUAACCUCCAAUGAACAUGCUCUUCUUUUUGA